UUUGCUUAUUUCCUUUUUUUCCCAAUCAUCUUGUCUUUUAAAAAUGGUGUCCAAGCUACAUAGAACUGAAAACCUAACAAGUGUCUCAGAAUUCUUCCUCAUGGAACUCUCAGAUGAUCCAGAACUGCAGCCUUUCCUCUUCGGGCUGUUCUUGUCCAUGUACCUGGGGAUCAUGUUGGGGAACCUGCUCAUCAUCCUGGCUGUCAGCUCCGACUCCCACCUCCACACCCCCAUGUACUUCUUCCUGUCCAACCUGUCCUUGGCUGACAUCGGUUUCAUCUCCACCACCGUCCCCAAGAUGAUUGUGGACAUCCAAACUCACAGCAGAGUCAUCUCCUAUGAAGGUUGCCUGACUCAGAUGUGUAUUUUUAUCAUUUUUGUAUGUAUGGAUGACAUGCUUCUGACCGUGAUGGCCUAUGACAGGUUUGUGGCCAUCUGUCAUCCACUGCACUACCUGGUCAUCAUGAACUCCUACCUCUGUCGCUUCUUCAUUUUUGUAUCUUUUUUUAUUAGCCUUUUGGACUCCCAGCUGCACAAUUUGCUUGUGUUACAGGUCACCUGCUUUAAGGAUUUGGAAAUGUCUAAUUUCUACUGUGACCCUUCUCAGCUCCUCGACCUUGCCUGUUCUAACACUUUCACCAACAACGUAGUCAGGUAUUUUGCUGUUGCCAUCUUUGGUUUUCUCCCUUUUUCAGCAAUCAUAUUCUCUUACUAUAAAAUUCUUUCCUCCAUUCUCAGACUCCCCUCAUCAGGUGGGAGGUACAGAGCCUUCUCCACUUGUGGCUCUCACCUGGCCGUUGUUUGCCUAUUUUAUGGAACAGGACUCUGUGUGUACCUCAGCUCAGCCGUCUCACUUUCUCCUAGGAAGGAUGCAGUGGCCUCCGUGGUGUACACUGUGGUCACCCCCAUGCUGAACCCCUUCAUCUACAGUCUGAGGAACAGUGAUGUCAAAAGGGCCAUGAUGGGGUUCCUCAGCAAAGCCACCUAAUCUCAGUACCUGUCAUCCGUUUGCAGUUUAGGUUGGAAAAUGCAGCAGUAGACCUGGGAAUCCUACCUCUCUCAUCACAUCAUUUUUGUAGCUUAACACCUGAAUAUUACUUGUUUGGGAAUUUUUAAGUGGGACUGGGGGAGAGUUCUAGGAUCCUUUGUAUAUCUUAAUCACUGCAUGAUAAAUAUUAUAAAAUCUAUUAUAUGCUUUCGGUAUAUCUUUGAUGGGGCUUGUUGGU